AUCACCACCACCCACAUUCAUUCACGGCUCGAUCCGUUUCUACCGCACGGGGAGGAAAAUCUCAACUCCGUCGGUUUCCGCGCACCACGUGCUUCCCCGACUCGAUUCAAAUCGCACCAAUCCGAACGGGCCGGGUUCGCGCCCCGGCUGACCCGUGGUGAGAUUGCGCACCGUUGUCGUCACAACCUUCAGGAUUAUUCGUCGUCGCUCUUGAGGCAGGUUCCAGCUGGGCCGAACCGGACCGUUCGGUUCAGUUCAGUGUCAAAUUCGUUACGGUCGUGCAGCAAAACCGCGUUCGCUCGCUUCGAAAUUUGAUGUCCUCUGGUCAGUCAGUCAGUCAGUUGGAGCUUCUCCUUCCAGGAUAGAAGAGAUCUGCCUUCUGCUGCUGGAGUCUUGUGGGUGGUUGUUCCCGUGUCGUCCCCCUGCUGCCUGCCCCGCGUCAUCGAGUGUGAGUCGUUGGGGGCCGUUCGUUGUUGGUUGAGGGAAUCGCGCAGAUUGUCGUUUCUUCUCCGGACUCCUGGCAGUAGUCAAACGGGUGGAGAAGGUUUGAGAAGGAUUAAGUGAAAUUCAUGCAGUGUUCAGUGUGGGAACUAGUCGCGGAUGGCAGUUUCCUGGUGAAGUUUUGCGGCCGGGAGGGCCGCUCCCGUCGGUGGAUGAUAAGCCUCCUUGGGAGGAAGCUGUCAGUAUUUUAAUGGGGAUGGAGUUGACGAGAAAUCUGUGCAUGGAUUGAUCCGGGAUGUAGAAGAUGCAGGAUCAGUUUGAGAAGUGUGGAUAGUGAAGAAAGAAGUUUUUCAACUGAAUCAAAUUGUGGCGACAGUAGUGCAAUACUACCGAAGUGUUAAAUGGCUGAAAUCGGCCUGAGACCACGAAAUGAAGGCCUAUGGUGGUUUGAUUUUCCUACUGUUUAUGGAUAGUGAAUGGUUAAAACGUGAUUCGCUGCACUGAAGCUGCGUUUGUGCGGAUUACAAGUGAUGGUGGAGACGCAUGGUGCUGCUCAACAAGAAAGAAAAUUGAUUGGUUUUACGACAUUCGAACGAUGCGGGUGGAAAACGAACUCCGAAACAAAGUGGAAUAAUCCGAAAAGAAAAACUCUCUGCAGCGAAUGCAAUCUGCGUGGGAUUCAAGUGCCGAGAUUGGUUCAACAGUGAGAAUUUGCGCCGUAGGCAGAACGCUUCAGAAUACUAAUUAGUGUGCAUGUAAAUCAAAUUAAUAAUACCGAUCCUUCGAGGUUGUGUGAACUCAGCGUGUAAGAAAUCACUCAACCAGAUAAUUAGUGCUAGUUGUAGAUACUAAUGAGUUCACAAGUACCGAGCUUUCGUGAAUCGUCAAAAUCAUAACCGAAUAAUUUACCCAACAUAACCGUAAGAUAGUGAUAUAAAACUAGUUAUUAGUAGAAUAGAGCUCAUUAAAAAUCGCAGUAAAGGCAGAAAUAGCCUUCCUGCAUGUGUAUGUUACAUAACCUACCCCAUAAGUGGAAACAACCUAAGGGACUCCAACAAAGAGUCCCAUAUAUCACCCAUUCGUCAGCCGUUCGGUCGUCGCCACGACAGCAGUGCUAAGCGGAUAACGAAGGUUCACAUAACGAUUAAUUGGAUUAAAAAUUGCACCGCGCGCCUUUGGAGAGGAGGACGCGGCAAGGCUUUCUACACAUCUAUAGUGAAGUGAAAAAAAAAACCCGGUGGUAACGAUGUCAAACGCGAAGUGAAUCUUGCUGCGAAAAAGACAACAAUCGACAACAAGUCCCCCGCCUGGGAGACAGGACUCACGGGCUGUACACUUCGGUUCCUGUAAGGAAAAGUUGUCCAACAAACAACAACAAACACACAGACAGCUGAAACCUGAAAGAUCCCCACAGGGGAACGGCAUCUCCGCUCUGGUGGCAAACCAUCAUGAGUAAGCCUCCGAACAGCAGCAGCAGUGUUGCCAACCACCCUUGUCGCCUACACACCGGCCACAGCAGCACCAACAGAUGUCAUCGCUAAUUGCCCGUGACGAUUUGCUGAAGCUGAUCCCCUCCGAGCGUAUCGCAUCUCUCGGAAACGGAAGAAAGAAGAAACGAGAGAUUAGUGACGUGAUGCUUUGAAGAGUUGAUUUCCAGUGGAGCAAAGUGUGAGUGAGGGAAAAUUGUGUCCUGUCGGCCCUCUGUGAGGCACUUUCUUGAAGACGACAGCCACGGGCACGGCCAGCACCGACUGACAUCGAAGGGGACAACUUGGAAGAUUCGUGUGGGGUUGUGUUCAGUUGAGUGGGUGUGUAAGAAAUAAAGGAAUACAAAAGGAGGGCGAAAUAAUACAGGAAGAGGGAAGUUCUGUGAGUGGGAGGGAGCCGGUUGGUGCUUUCCGGGAAGAAGCGAAGAGAAGCCCUCGCAGUCAUCCACAGCUUCCACCAAGUUCAGUGCGGUCAACACAAUGAAACUGAGUGUCAGUGCCUAUCGAGCCCAUGCCUCAGCACACAAGAAGAUCCUCUCCAGCAGCAACUACCAGACGCAGUUCAACUACGGAAGCACGGCGGCCGCCUCGGGCUCAACUCCGACCUCGUCGGCUCUGUUUUCAGUUUGACGUUGCUCUGGUUCGACUGAGUCCAUCAUUUUCCACACAUCGUACCAACCAGUCGGCGGAUUACCUCCCAUUAUUGCCGUCAGUACCGACGACGUCCACUACGACGACGGUUGCCAUUCUCUUCCGAGUGACAUUCCAAGAGGAAUUCCGUGGCGCUUCUUUCCAAGCUUCCUCCAGUCGUCCGUUGACGCCGUCGCCUCCACCGUUGUCGAUGAUGGACCCAGCCAACCCGAACUCGGCGCUGAUACCGACAUGUGCAACGAUAUCCACCGGCACCAGUCCCAGUUCGGCCAUAGCGACCAUCGGUGGCGGCGGAGGAGGAGGCGGCGGAAUCGGUGCCCUUGGUUCACCUUCGUCGGCCGUGGUCCCCGUGGGCGGCGGCGGCGCCACCUCACUGCUCAGUCCAACGCUGCUUUCGCCGGGGACCAACACCGGAACGGCUUCGAUUGCCACGUCCCGGGAUGACGAGGACGAUUCCAGCAACCAGGUCUCGUCCGCUGGCAGCAAAAGCUCCGGGCAGCGGACCAAGUCGAACCAGCGAUGGAUGAAGCUCCGGACGACGGUGCAGAUUUCGUCGGCCAUGUCGGUCAAGAAGCCACCGCUCAAGCGAGAGGACUCCUUCCUAAAGCGAUUCUCCACCCGGCAGAUACCGGAGGCACAGGAAACAGUGGAGGACACCGGUUCGGAGGGAGCAACCGACGCGGAGAAAACCGCACGCCGCAGGCGGCGUCUCAAAAUCCCCAAAACGGUCGUCAACCCGGACGAGAACUUCUACUUCUACUGGCUGAUGGUGGUCACCAUCGGCAUUCUGUACAACCUGUGGACGCUGAUCGUGCGGCAGAGCUUUCCGGAGCUGCAGUCGAACGCUUCCCGGUUUUGGCUGAGCUGUGAUUGUUUAACCGACGUGGUUUUUAUACUAGACGUAGUUGUCCAGCUGCGGACCGGCUAUCUCGAGCAGGGAUUGAUGGUCUACGACUCGAGGAAACUGGCGGGCCACUACCUACACUCGAGUGAAUUUUUACUAGAUCUAGCAACUUUAGUACCUUUAGAUAUCUUACAAAUUCGCCUCGGUACCCAGCCGUUGUUGCGAUUUCCUAGGUUUUUUAAGGUUUAUCGUGCCAUAAAGUAUUACUACAUCGUCGAGAGCCGUACGGUUUGGCCCAAUCUGUGGCGGGUCGUAAAUUUGAUUCACAUACUGCUCAUCCUGGCGCACUGGUUCGGGUGCUUCUACUUUCUGCUCUCCGAAGCGGAAGGAUUUCAGGGAGACUGGGUGUAUCCGUACCGGCCGGGAGACUACGCUACGCUCACCAGAAAGUACCUCGGCAGCCUGUACUGGUCAACGUUGACGCUGACCACGAUAGGAGAUUUGCCCACACCGGAGACCAACGCAGAACCGUCUCAGUCGGCGGACGGCCCUAGAUCUCUUCCUCGCCGUGGACUCAAAUCCCGACUGCUGCAGUUCAACUCAAGCCGCGGGUACGUCUUCACGAUAGUCAGCUACCUGAUCGGUGUGUUCAUCUUUGCCACCAUCGUCGGUCAGGUGGGCAACGUGAUAACAAACCGAAACGCCAACCGGCUGGAGUUCGAACGACUGCUGGACGGUGCCAAAACGUACAUGCGACAUCAUAAGGUCCCCGGUGGAAUGAAGCGUCGCGUCCUGCGGUGGUACGACUACAGCUGGUCUCGCGGUCGGAUACAGGGCGGAGGGGACAUCAACACGGCGCUCGGUCUGCUGCCGGACAAGCUGAAAACCGAACUGGCGCUGCACGUGAAUCUGAGUGUGCUCAAAAAGGUUACCAUAUUCCAAGAGUGCCAGCCGGAGUUCCUGCACGAUCUGGUGCUCAAGAUGAAGGCCUAUAUUUUUACGCCGGGGGAUUCCAUCUGCCGGAAGGGCGAGGUUGCCCGCGAAAUGUUCAUCAUCGCCGACGGGAUUCUGGAGGUUCUGAGCGAAACGGGCAAGGUGCUAACGACGAUGAAGGCGGGCGAUUUUUUCGGUGAAAUCGGAAUACUCAACCUGGAUGGGUUGAACAAACGAACGGCCGAUGUCCGUUCGGUGGGCUACUCGGAGUUGUUCUCGCUAUCCCGGGAGGACGUUCUGACGGCGAUGAAGGACUACCCGGAAGCACAAGAGAUCCUCCAGACGCUGGGACGCAAAAGACUGAUGGAGGUGCGCUGCGUGAACAAGAAGCACGCCAGCAAGCAUGCCGCCAAGGAACACCACCACGGCAGUGAUCAUAGCUCAAACGUACACAACACACACAGCAACAAUAACAACAAUAACCAAGGUGAUAGUAGUGAUAAUAGUGCCUCAAAACGUAUCGUAGAUAAGCUAAGAAGUGAUGUUAAGGGAUUGAAGAACGCGCUGCGUAAGUCCAGAACGGGAACAACUAGGCGCAGCAACGAGUCGAUCGAGAUGCAGCCACUGCAGGGUAAUACCAGCGGCGGCAGUGGGAGUGGCAGUAAAACGCCCAAAACUGCGCUUCGCCGGAUGGCCCGGGUCAAGUCGGAUGACAUCCACACGGAGGACGAGGGCAAGGAUAACGAAAAAGUGCCAAGUCCCAUUGGCGCAGGGCUUCCAUUGCUGCAGCGACUGCGGCUACUCAAGGAGAAACAAGACCGCGAAGAGCGUGCCGCGAAAGCGAGCGCCGCUGGCGCGGCCGCGACUGCCAUCUCCACCACCACCACAACUACAACCGCACAAAUAAUCUCCCCGCCGCAUACUCACGUAACCUCUGCCAUAUCACCGCAGGAAUCGAUACAGGAGGAACCGGAACCGGAGGUGAUCGGGGCCGGUUUGCCCCUGUUCCAGCGGUUGCGGAUGCUCAAGGCCAAGGAGGAACGCCUGGCCAAGGAAGCGCAAGCGAAGCUUCAAGUGACAUCGAAUCAAACAUCCAGCUCGCCUUCGCUGAUCCAGAGCCUGAGUCCGACAUCACCGACCCAGCUGAAGGCACCACCAAGCCCGAUUCUGCACACACAGGGCACCCCCGGUCACCACCAUCACCAUGGACGAGGUUCAAUGCGAGUGUCGUUCAAAGACCGGCUCAAGAGUAUGCAGCGGCAAGAGUCCAAGGUGGAAAGCCGGACAACACCCGCCAUUCCCGAAGCCACUGACAUGAAGCAACAUCUAUUGGCCAGUGUGCCCGUCAAAACUAGCAAGCCUUCGGCAGCGCAAGCGAUAAAGGACAAAAUACGAUCCUUUGGUCAUUUGCAGCGGACCGAUGAUCAGCUGAAACCGUGGUCCAAGCUAAAGUUAGCAACCGUAGUUAGCGUAGGAGGAAGCUACUCCAGUUUGAACAACAGUCUGAACGAGGAAUCCCCUAUUCUGGAGCCUGUCAAAAAGGCAGGACGUCACAAAACAUCGAUGCCGGCUGACUUGAACCUGAACUCGCUGGUCUCCACAGCCCCUCCGCCGAUCUCUUCCGCCCCUCCGACGACCGCGUCCAGCAAGCCAAUGUUUCAACCACCGAGCAAAGUGUUCAGCCGUAGUACGUAUAGUGAGCAGGCAUGUGUCAGUGAUAGUGAAGUAGUAAGCAAGAAACAACCCCCUCCACCACCAGCACGUGUACGAAUGAAACCCAAACCGAUCAAACUGAUCACCGAACCCAAAAGCUACAAAAGCUACAUGUCCAUAGACGACCUCUCGCCUGAAUAUAGCGGCCUUCCGUUUGUCAAGCGCCUCAAAAUAUUAAACGAACGCCAAAAGCUAGCCCAACUCGAGGCGGCCAUGCAAACCCGUAGCCUUAGUCUAGAUUGUACAGAUUCCAACAGCAGCAAUGCCGGAUACGACCCCGUUGAGCAGCUGUCUCGUAGUAGGAGCGAAGGUUCUGGCAUCGGACCAGUCCGCUCGAAGAGUGCCUCCCCACCAACAUCCACCAGCCAUCCGACGCCACUCAGUCCGGAGUCGAACGAAACGCCCGAAAGGCGUCAGCUCAAAAGCAUUCUCAAAAAGCUGUCCGAAGACAAGCUGGCCCUCGACCAACGGCAGGGCAUUCAAAACCGCGACCUGAAGAAGCUGAUGCGAGCCCAAACGGUCGAAGGGUACGUUGCUAGACAUAGCAAAUUCAUGAAGAGCGUCACCUUCAAUAGAGACACACUCUCUAGCCCCCCAACCAGCGCUAACGUUUGUGAGUCUAUUGAAGAACGUACUCUUUUUCCCAUCCCUAGCGCACAAAGUACCACGACGACGAUUACCACCACCACCACGAACUCUACCAGCGACGAAAGUUCGGCGGCCACCGUGGCGGAGAACGUCAACUUCACCGCACACGAUCCUCGCCUACCUCUGGCACCCGUCAUUUCCACCACCGACGAAUCAGGCGAGGAUCAGCAUGCGCUGGUCAUCAGCAAUAACGGGUACUACGAUCCUUCGGUCGAUCCGCGGUACAUCACCAACGGCGAUCCGCACCACCAGCAGCUCAUCGACGAUUCACCCUCGAAAGGCUCGCUUUCGGCGUUCGGAGGGCAGAGGAAGAUCAUCAAAGGAUCGCUGGAGGAGCAAGAAUUCUUCGGUGAAGUUCUACUCGGCAUCAAACAGGUCAUCCAGACGCAUAUGAAGGAAAUUCAGGUCAAAUUCCAGGACAAGUUCUUCAAUCUGGAGCUGGAGGUCAAGAAACGGGACGACAUCAUAUCAAAGCUACAGAACCGGAUCCAGGAGCUGGAGCAUCAGGAUCCGCUACUGGUUCAAGAUGGAGGUGUACAAGUGGUGCAGGCACAACAGAAGGCAGGUUCUUCCGGUAGCGGUACGUCUAGGUCUUCCGACGAGUUGCCGUUCAUGCGAGGAGAUUCCCUCGAUACGAUAUUCGCUUCGUCACCACACUCCGAUUCGGAUAGUCCCCGUAGUCAGAAGGUCAGUCGUAAUCGUAAGCCCAGAAGUUCUCCUCGGCACCGGCCCCUGCGUAAUCGACCUUCCAACUGGGGCGAGAGCACAGAUCAAGAAAGCUUCGAACGUGGUGGAUCGCCUCCUUCAUCAACCCUAGCUCCUCCACCACACCCGUCUACUACUGCUGGCAGUAUUCCUCCACCCGUCCCCCCGCGACGCAUGUCUUCCUCACCUAGUGUCGGCAGUAGCGAACCACGAAUCCGUGGACCGUACCGGGACAUUGUGAUAUCAGAACUUACCGGAAACAUCGUGUCGGACAGCGUGAUCGUCAACAUUGAAACCAGCUCCUCGGAGCAGUCACAGUCGGAGAAUGACAAUAACUACGAGGAAGAGGAAGCGGAGGAGGAGGAGGCUGUUGGUGAGUGCGAAGGCGGUGAGGAGGAAGAAGCAGAAGAGGAAGAAGAGGAUGAUGAGUUUGCGAGCGAGUCUGGAAGAUUGGUGGAGAAUCGCGGCAGUCGAAGCACUGAUGAUGAGUUCGAGGAUGACUUCGAUGACGAUGAUGAGGAAGAGGAAGAGAUGCAUCACAAUGAUUGGGAGGUGAGAAUGCUGGCAGCUGAGCUGCAAAAGCGAGAGAGCGUGAGUACAGACUUCCCGAGUGACCUGGACGAGAGUGAUGGGCUGUUGCGAAGGCGAAGGAAACGCAGCGAGACGGAUACGGAGGGAAGCGGAGCGGAACUGGAAGUUCUUAGAAGGCCAAGGGCAUCCAGUCUGGAUCAGCACAACCUACGGCGAGGUAUGAGUGUGAAUUUGGGCAGCAGUAGUAGUGGUGCUAGCGGGAGCAGACGACGGGGUUCGGUCUUCAAGGCAAUGAGCUUCGACCGGGAUAAAGAUCGUCUCUGAGAAUUAAGGCUCAGAUGUGAUGUGUGCAUGUUCACCAGUAUCACCAAUGUGAUUAUAAUCGAGUGGAUCAACAGGUAGGGCAAGGGGCCCGGGGGCAGCAGUGGCAGAGGAAAUCAAGAAACAAGUACGACCAACGCGAAAACGCACUAUAAUAAAGUAAAUAGAGAGAAGUAGACGUCAUCCAAUAGCGGAAAUGAAAAACAAACUACAAGUUAAUGAAACUAGUUUCAAACUAUAUACGACUAAGUUCAUCAGAGCCUAUGCGAGUAAAGUUUUAGGGAAUAGCCACAACCAAAACUAUAACUAUAGGGAGAUUUACAGUAGGUCUUUUGUUACAACCAAAAUGGUGAACAGGCUUUACGGUUACGAUUAACGAGAUUCAGAUUUUAUCGCACGUUUUGCACACACACAGAUAAAUUAGAUUAAUUAGUGAACAAAAACAGGUAGCCUUUAGUUAAGUUGUUACAAAUUAAGUAAUUUUCAUAUUUGCCGAAACAAAAUUGAACGGUUCUUUUUGUUUCGAAAGUCCUGUAAAAGAAACUAGAUGCGUAAGCAACAAAUAAUACAAGUGAAGUUCCAAAGGAAAAGAAGAAGUAAUAUCCAGUUCGAUAAGAAACAAAACCAAAUUAACUACAUUACUAUGCGAAUGCGUGUUGAAAGUGAAAGUUAUGGUAGUACCUUAAUAAGUUAUGUCUAUCUAGGUGUAAAUUAUGAAAAUGUGAAAAAUUGCCAAAGUCACUUAAUUUCUCUACACAGAUCGAAGAAAGAGUGUAAAAUUCUGUGACAUAUGAUGCACAUAAUUGGAGCGUGGGAUAUCGCAGAAGUUUUCAUGACAUAUCAUGUAAAGUUCAUGAAAUAUCAUGCAAACUUACAUUAUAUGUCAUGUAAUUCCGCAUGACUCUUAGAGUUUACAUGACAUAUAACAC